GGGAGGGCGGGCGCGCCGCAGAGCCGGGUCGUCCACACUCGCGGCAGCCACCUCGGCCGCGGCAGGAACCGAAACCCGGAGCGGCCGAAGCUCAGCGCUCGGCUGGGGCCGAGGGUCGCGGCGGCAGGAACGCGGCCGCGGGACACACCGGCCGUCCCCGCGCAGGGCGCCCAGCCAGGUGCUGAUCUGCCUCUUCUCCAAGGAACUCAACCACUAGUGACAAUGACCAGCCUCCUGACCACUCCUUCUCCAAGAGAACUGGUGAUCACCCCAAUUUUACGGCCCACUGAAGCCCUGUCCCCAGAAGAUGGAGCCAGCACAGCACUCAUUGCAGUUGUUAUCACCGUGGUCUUCCUCAUCCUGCUCUCGGUCGUGAUCUUGAUCUUCUUUUACCUGUACAAGAACAAAGGCAGCUACGUCACCUAUGAACCUACAGAAGGCGAGCCCAGUGCCGUUGUCCAGAUGGAAAGUGACUUGGUUAAGAGCAGAGAGAAGGAGGAAUAUUUCAUCUAAUGACUCCCAGGCCCCAAGGAGCUUAUUCCUGGCUCCAGCACUAACUCAUUGACUGCUUAUUAUAAGAAAGUUUUCUCUGAAGCCAGGGAGAAGCAUUGAUUGAUGUGGGCAAAUCCAAGCUCCAGCCAGGUCGCAGUCCCAAAUGCUGACAUCACUGACUCCAGGGACCAGGGAUGUGGAGAAAGCUGCUUCUGGUGUCUUUAACCUGGCCCUCUUAUUAGAGCUGGCAGUUUGCAGCUGGCCAACAAGGUGGGACUAUACCAGGGGACAUCUGAAUAUGUGCCCAGUCAUCUUUUUUCACAGGUUGGAGAAAAGAGAGAGUUAAGAUGAACAGCUGCUCCACUCUGUCCCCUACCUGGUCACCCGAUAGCCCCAGUAGAGAUGCUCUCCAUACAAGUUCUUCCCAGAGGCUGGAUACCACAGCAAAAGGCCAGGCCAGGAGGGGUAGGAAGCUAUGGAGAUCUUACCUCCUGAUAAAUGUGCUACAUACCCUCACCUGAGCCCCUCCUUUCUACGUUCCCCAGCAACCUCAUGCCUAUGUGAUUUUUAUCCAAAUUAAAAUUUUCAUUGCUACAGAAAUGAGA